CCUUCUAUACUGUUGUUAUCAUUGGAAGCAUCACAUUUUUAGAACGCCUAGAGCUGAUCGCUUUCAGCUUUUUAAAAGCUUUGACUGUUGUAGAAGUGCUCACAGUGUGUUUGCACUCGCAUUUCUGCUUCAGUUGACGCACAUUCUUAAGUUUGAUCCACCUUAAACUGGUGCCAGCCAAGACAACCCCUUUCCUUUGAGACUUCAGAUACGCUCAUUUGGUUGCAUAACAGGCGGAUUUGAAUGAGACGCCUGCAAAGGAAAGCUGCGCUAACAAAUAGAAAGAGAAAAACAUCAUUUGGACAGUUUUGAGCACUGACGUCUUCAUUCAAAAGUGAUCAUUGCAUGUUAGACUGGCAGCAUGGUUAAACGUGUGGCUGUGAUUGGAGCAGGCAGCUCUGGUCUGGCUGCCAUCAAAUGCUGCCUGGAUGAAGGACUGGAGCCGGUGUGUUUUGAAAGCAGUGAUGAUAUCGGAGGACUCUGGCGGUUUAGGGAAAAGCCUGAAACAGAUCGUUGCAGCAUUUAUCACUCUCUCACAGUGAACACCUCUAAAGAGAUGAUGUGUUAUAGUGAUUUCCCUGUGCCCGAUAAUUUCCCAAACUUCAUGCACAACUCUUUGAUCGUGCAAUACUACAGGCUCUACGCUGAGCACUUCAACCUCUUCGAACACAUCCACUUUCAGACCACAGUUCGCAGUGUGAGGCAAAGGCCUGAUUUCUCUGUCUCUGGUCAAUGGGAGGUGGUGACCGCAGACAGAGAAGGACAAGUGGAGACACAUGUGUUUGACGGUGUGCUGGUGUGUGCAGGACACUACACGCAACCCAUUAAACCCCUCUCAGAGUUUCCAGGUAUUGACACAUUUCCAGGAACAGUAAUUCACAGUUGGGAAUAUAAGAAGCCUGAUCAAUACAUUGGGAAAAAGGUUGUGAUCAUUGGGAUUGGAAAUUCUGGUGGAGACAUUGCUGUGGAGCUCAGCAGAACAUGUGAAAAGACAUUCCUGAGUACCCGAAAAGGGUCAUGGGUCAUAGGUCGCAUGGUUGAAAAAGGGCUGCCUCUAGACAUGAUGAACAUUAGUCGAGUUCAAGACCUGAUGCACUGCCUUAUACCUCGAGCGCUAGUCAACUGGAUUGGCGAGAGAAGCCUCAAUCAGAGACACAACCACAAGCUUUAUGGAUUACAACCGAAGCAUAGGAUCCUUGACCAUCGUCCUGUUAUCAACGACGACCUCCCCGGUCGCAUUCUGGUAGGAGAACUGGUGUUAAAACCAAACGUGCAGACGUUUCACGGCUCAACAGUGGUCUUUGACGAUGGAUCUUUUGAAGAGAAGAUUGAUGCAGUGAUCUUAUGCACAGGAUAUGAUUACAAAUUCCCCUUCCUGCCUGACUCUUUAAACUCUAGUGCUGAUGGAGGCAUGAAACUCUACAGAAGAAUCUUUCCUCCUUCUCUAGAGCGUCCAACAUUGGCCAUCAUAGGCUUAUUGCAGACCAGAGGUCCGAUCAUGCCAGCUGCAGAACUGCAGGCACGCUGGGCAACCAGGGUCAUCACAGGACUAAAACACCUUCCAUCUGCUGAAAAAAUGUCAAAAAGAAUUGAAAAAGACAUAAAACCAUAUUUGAAGAGUCACCCCUGUCCCAAGCUGGCUUCCCUUCAAGUGGACUACAUUCCUUACCUGGACUCAAUAGCCAAAGAAGUGGGUGCUUGUCCCAACAUUGCUUGGCUGCUCAUGACGGAUCCUGCUUUGGGUUUGAGGGUUUUCCUUGGGCCUUGCACCCCGUAUCAGUUUCGGCUAAGUGGACCAGGACAUUGGAAAGGUGCCCGUCAAGCUAUUCUUACCCAAUGGGAGCGUGUGGCCAAACCCAUGAAAACUCGGCCCAUACCUGAACCUUCAUCCUUCAGUUUGUUAUUUUGGCUGGGGUUGUCAGGAGGGGGUGCUGUGAUUUUGGCCAUUAUAGCACUGCAGAAGAAGAUCCCAUUGUUUAUGGGGAUCAGUUAAAUUCUAAUCAAUCAAUCAACAAUAUGUAGCACCUUACUACAUGCAAAGGGCUGCCACCAAUGCUUUAUAAUUUAAGCACUUUAGAAAAUUAAGAACAUAAUCAAAACAAGAAUGUCAAUAAAACAUUAAAACAGUUAAAUAAAGGUAUGAUUCGAUCCUGGAUGAACAUCUAUGUUAAUCCUGGAACGUCAUUUUGGUUUAAAAAUGUAAUCCAUACAUAAAUCCUACACUUAAAAUCAUUCACAACUGCAAAUUAUUCCCAAAUCACAGGGGAAUAUUGGAUAACAAUCAUUUAGAAGUAAGUUUAUCUCUUAAUUCUGAUUGGCUGAUUGGAAUGUUGUUCCGGGAUCAACAAAGAUGUUGAUCUAAAAACAUGUCUUGGUGAAAACACAUUAACCUUAUGCAAAGUGGGGAGGAUGCACUACUAAACAUCAAAAGCUACUCUAAAUAAUUGGGUUUUGCUUUAAGCAGUGCUACGUUAAUGUGUAGAUUGAUGGGCAGGGUAUUCCAGGCUUUCGAGCCAGCCUCUGAAAAUAAGCGAUCCCCCUAUUGACCUUAUUCUAAAAUGCGGAAGUGCGCCUGUUUUCACGAUUGUCUUAGAACUUCUGAUUCAGUCACCUAUGGGAGAAAUGACUAGGAAUAAUGAACAGCAGAAAACGGUCAAACUACUUGCUCUACAAACAAAUGUUUGCAUGACUAUACAGACCAAGUAGAAUAAUAUAAUAAGAAAAUAUCAAAAUGCAACAUCAAGCAGCAUAAUUAACGAGCAGUUUUUAACGUCAAAAAAUGAAUGGAAGUGAAUGAGACCGGAAGUCUCAAGCCAAAAAGAUUCAAAUGGCAGCGCCCGCUCGUCGGCGGAGAAUAAGGUGAAUUGUUUACACCUGGAGUGGGGAUUUUCCAGCAACAUUUAGCUAUGCAGAUUGUUGGGCCCUGUUAAACUUGUGAACAUUUAAAAUCUCACAUACACAUGAAAGCGCAAGGUCAUUAACAUCAUUAAAAACAAGUAAAAGUUGUUUAAUGGGGACCUAUUAUGCAAAAAUCACUUUUAUGUAGGUUUAGACACAAUUGUGUGGCAACAAUGUGUGAAUAUAGCCAGCCUCUAAUGGUAAAAAUGAAUUAAUUGUAUUUUUUAUAAUCACACUUGAUAAAAAAA